CCACGCGCGCUCCCGCCGCUCCUCCCCGUCUGAACUUAUAGCGCUCGGCGCUCGCCGAUCCACAAAACACAGCAUCGGAGCAGCGGACAAGUUGAAGUUUCGUUCCGCGGACACUUGGCGCGCGCGCCUUUACGCGGACACUUCCCAAAGGGACUUUCUAUCGAAACCAUAACAGCUUUCCUCGCGCGUAUGAGAAGUGUAGUUGUUAUAAAGUUGGGAGAGAAACCCGAGGACUUGGAUAAGUAAACGCAGGACUGACGGAACGCAUUCGGGACUCUCGCGGUGCGUUAUUACCGCUGAUGCGCUCGAGCUGAGCUAACAGAAGGUGUAGAGUGAAGGGGAAAGAGGAGUGGACAAGAGGAGAAGAACUGUCCCGUCAUACACUCUGGUUGUGAGGGGUGCAUGUAGGCAGCAACAUGAAGCCCUUUGUCCCUCUACUGCUGCCUCUCCUCCUCUAUCAACUCCUGCCAUCCCUGGUGCUAACCGACGCCUGUCCGACAGACUGUUCCUGUGCACCCCAAGACUACAUAUUCUGCUACAGUCGCCGGGCCACAAAAAUGCCUAGUGAGGUGCCCACGGCAACUAAGAAUCUCUAUGUCUUCAAGAAUGGCAUUGAGACUCUUUCCCAGGAGGACUUCAAUGGCUUGAGCAGCCUGGAGAUGCUGGAUCUAAGUCAGAACAAGCUGACAGAGCUGCCAGAUCGUAUCUUCGAACCACUCUCCUCUCUCCACAACCUGGACCUCUCGGACAACCAGAUUAUUCACAUAUCCCAGGAGAGCUUUGCAGGGCUGGAACUCCUGGAGAGGUUGUAUCUCUACAGCAAUCUCAUAGAAAGCAUUCAUUCUGCAGCUUUCGAUGGACUAGAGCAGUUGAUAGAGCUCAAGCUGCAAGGAAACAAACUGACAACAAUGCCUGCUCUUAAAAUGCCCCAUUUGCUCUUACUGGACUUACGGUUCAACAGCAUCCCAUCACUAGUGCCUAAGGACCUCCAGACACCCAAGUUGGAGUCACUGAAACUGGGCGGGCUGGGCCUUACCAGCCUCGAUGAGGAUCUCCUAGGAAGCUUUAAAAACCUCCAUGAGCUGGACAUCUCCAACAAUCAAUUAACUACUUUUCUACCAGUAUUGCAGGAGGUGAAGGGCUUGGUUACUCUCAGUCUCGCUGGGAAUCCAAUAGGCCCUGUGAAAUGGGAGGACUUUGAAAAGCUGACAGAGCUUCAAGAGCUGGACAUCAGCAAUCUGAGUCUCCAAGGCUUGCCGGAGACCCUAACCCUGCUCUUUCCUCUCCUGCAAAGACUGACCAUUGCAGAGAACCCUUUUAACUGCCUGUGCAACCUGGCUUGGUUUCCUAGCUGGCUUCGAAAAAAGCAGAUUCAGUUGGGUAGAACUGAAGAGACACGAUGCCACUUUCCGCCCUUGAAUUCUGGUAAGGUAUUGGAGAGAUUGGGACAUCGAGACUUCGGAUGUCCAGUGACCACAACCGUUACGACUCGAACGGUGAAGACCACUGCGGUACCUCCAGCUCUGGUCACCAGUUUGCCAAGUACAUCACAUGCGGUUCUCCAUGCCAAGCCAAGUGGAAACCCUUCUACAGAAACCGGAAACGCCCCUCCUCCUCCUACGCCAACUACUAGCAUUGACCCAGACCUCAGAACAACCUUCUGCCCAACAAAUAUCUGCCUUAAUGGAGGAACAUGCUGGCUUGAUAAUGUGGGACACCUGGAAUGCACUUGUCCACCAGGAACAUUAGGUACAUACUGCGAAAACGACUUGCCUACCGUAUUCACCACUGUGGCACCUGAAAUGACCGCCAAAAAAGUAACAAGCUCAUCUAUAGUUUUGAACCUUCAUCGGUACAUUGAGAUGCGUCCCCACAUCCGUGCAGUACGGUUAACCUACAGGAACCUCUCAGGCCGGGAUAAGCGUCCCAAGCAACUCAACAUUCCUGCAUCUUACCCAGAGUACACACUACGUGGACUCCAGCCAAACUCUACAUACUCUGUAUGUGCCAGUCCAUUGGGUGAGUCUGGCAACAUGGAUAGCAUAUGCACUGAAGCCCAGACGGUGAGCCACCAGCCAACUCCUACAGAAGCAGAACCCCCAAAGAACCCAAAGCUCACCCCGAUACUCAUCCCUGCAGUCGCUAUCCUUCUUCUGCUAGUUCUUAUCGCCAUUGCGGUUGCCGUGGCUUGCCACAUGCACCGGAAAAAACCAAAGGGACAGCUGGAUCUCGAAAGUGAUUCCUCAAAACUCAAGUUAAAUGGUUUGGACAAUGGCACUCUGCCUCAAACGAAAGAGAUUAUCUUGUAUCCGUCAACAUUGCAGAACUGUGGUUUGGACUAUGAGGUUCCACUCAUGCAGAAUGACUGUACCGCUAACAACAAUGUGAACAGUUUAAAGCCAUCAUAUUUCUAAUCACGAAUUAAAGUUUGGGUUAUUUACCUGCUAAAGUAUGAAUGCUGUAGCCUUACCUUCUCCAUUACCUAAAAAGGUACCACUGUGGAGAGCAGUGUGGUCAGCCACCAGGUUCUUUGUCAAGACACGAUGGUAUUAGCUGGUGCAAUCUUACUAGGAGUUUUCCUAGUAUAUUUAGUCCUCCUUCAUUUUGUCUUGGUAAUAUUGGUAUUAUGGUAAUAUUUCGACAUGUAGCCCCCUGUGUGCAACUCUAAGGAGCUGCACUAACUGUGAACCGGCCCUACAUUUAAUUGGGCAAUUGAAGAUAUGGACUUCUUCAGACAUUCGAAGGCUGAUGCUACCUUGCUGAUAACUUGAUUUGCUUUGUGAAGUUGCAAAUAUUGUUUUUGUUUGUCCUUUUUUUUUUUAUUUUGUAACAUUUGUUUGGCACAAUGUUUUUGUACAAAUAUGUGACUGUUGCCAGGCUGCUUGCCACCCCCCCCCCCCCACCUCUCGUGACUUACAAAGCAGACAAAACACUAGCUUGUAUCUUUGAAGAUUAAAAUUAACUUGCAGCACCAAGUAAAGGCUUUAAUUUAGAAAUGUCAGAGAGUCUAGGUAUUUAAAAGUCUAUACAGACUUGAAACUAAAUCCCUCCUCUACUUUUCAGCCCCGAUCCCCCUUUGUCCUCAAAAACAGAGACAAAACUAAAGACACACAGGGCAGGCGACUGACUGAAAAGCAGAUUAAUGUACAUUAUGUCUGUUGUAAAAAGUAAAUCAUUGUAAGCUACGAUCCCUUAUGGGAGCCUUUUUGUUUGUGUAACAAAAAAGAGGUUAUUUCCUAAUCCACAGUUCAAAAUGUGCCGUCAUUUUGUGUUGUCAGUCUGCAAAAUUAGACUUUGCACUAUUUACAAGUUACUUGCUAAAAGGUUCCACCUUUGCUCACUUGCAUAUUUGACAUGUUUUAUGUUCAAAACAAUAAGAUGUGAAUUAAAAUAGUUCAGAGCUUGAACUAAUGUAUGAAUGAGAUAGCAGAUUUAGUUUAAUCUAAAGCAGCAGAUUAAUCUGUGGUCUUCAGCUUUAAAAGAAGAAGGAUAUGUCAUUGAUGGAAGAUCCAAACUGGAAACCAAAUCUCAACAGUUAUGAAGUAUUGAACAUAUUUGGGAAUAUUUUUGAUUAAGACAGGCCUCUAAUUUUCCCUGUUUCAUUUAGGAAGCUCUUUUUCAUAAAUGUCUGUUAUUGUGUCUGCCUGGAAAUGUUUGUAUAUGUAUGAUGUUUUUCUUUUUUCAAAAAGCUGGAAACAAAAUUAUUAAUAAAAAUAAUAAUGCUAUCAUUGUUUUCUCUUACGUUUUUAGUGCAUUUAUAAUUAAGAUUAAUUAGACAAAAAAAACAUUUCCCCAGAGCAGUUUAACGAAGCUGAAGGUACAUACAUAAACACACACACACACACACACACACACACACACACACACACGUUGGGUUUCCACACACGCACGCACGCACUCACUCACUCACACUCUCACACACACGCAUACGCAC